UCAACGACUUUAAAACAGCAAGUAUGAGGCAAGUUGUGUUACGUGAUGUUAUAGUGCAACGUGUGUCAGUUUAUAAUGGUUAAUGAUUCACCUACUUCACCUCAAAAGUUGCUACGAAGAUCUUCUUUUCAUAGUUAGAAGCUUUAUCAAUUUGAUUUAUCUUGAGUGAAAUUAAUCUUUAUUUCUAAGUGAAUCCUUGUGUAGAAAAAAGCCUAAGCCUUACUAUCAAUGAUGUAGGAUGUUCCAUUUUGAUCCUGAUUUGUAGUUUAGAUCUAGGUUUUACUUCAUGAGUAAAUUUAAUGCGAUGUGCGUUAUAAGGAAAAUUGGCCUGUUGAAGUCUCUCUAUCAACCCAGUUCAUGGUAACUCCUUUUAUUCCAGAUUGAACUUCAUUGUGAUUAGCAUUUUUUCAUAGCAUUUAGCCAGCUGUUUGGAAGUACACAAGUCAACAUAGUUGUCUCACAAUGAGGAAUUGGUCACUUUCCCAUUACUUGGACAUAACGCACCGUUUCGAAAUAAUUGACCUUUGUAGAUGUAGCAACUUGUAUAGGAGCUUUGUUUAUAGAAGAAACAUAUUGGCUACAUAAUGACUAGAAUAACACUAAGGAGGAAAAUAAGUAAGAUCGAAAUUCAAUUCGAAUUAAGUCCAAUACUUAGGAAUGCUCAAGCUUAUAAACCCUCUACAAAUUUCCAAGCCAAAAUUCACUGUAUACUCAAGAUAGUUUGGUGUUUCAGUGUAACCGAAAACAAACGAGAGAGAACGAAUUAUCAAAGCAUAUUAUGCCAUUAUUUGUCAAGAAAUGCAUUUAGCUAAUUCGGCAGAUCAUUUAAGUUCUUGUAUCAGAAGAGUUAUUGUCGGAAGCGGUUGAUUUUUGUACAAUUUGAACGCUAUAUCUCGAUUUCAUCAUCACUAUUGCAACCAAGAAGUUUUAAACCCGAAAAUUGGUUCAAUAGAAGAGGAAACCAAUUACACAUUUUUAGUCAUUUCACCGGUACCCAUUAUUUGCCAAGGGUAGUCUCAUAAUAGGUGAAAAUACGGCUGCUGCACCAGUAAAGGAAGCCAUUGAAGGGUGCAAAACCAGGACGAUUGGUGUCUGCUAAGGACGGUAUAAAUGUGAGGUACCAAUUGUAAAAGCUAGAGCAUUCUAAACAGCAGAUGACAACCUCAUCCUAAAGAAUUCACCUCAGACUUGAUGGCCAACCAAAUUGCAUGGAUCUAUCCCAGAAUUACUGUCCUCAUCUUACACGCCGUUCGAUUCAGAGACAAAAGACUAGUCUUUCUUAAUCAACUCGACUAUGGUCAACUCGUAAUCACAGGAUUAUUCAAGGUAGACAGUGUACAGUUCCGUCGUGUCAACCAAGCUUACAUCAUUUUUACCUCAAAUAUAAUCAAUGUUGGUGCCGUAGACCAACAAAGGUAAACGACUUUUCCAAAGAAGAGGCAUGCUCCAGUGUCAAGGUCUAGAAGAAAGACUACCCAGCUGUGAAAGCCCAGAGGAAAUUGAUGUUAUCAAGGCUAUACUUGCUGAGAUCGAGGAGGUUGCCAUCGUUACGAAAACCUGGAAGCGUCGUUUUGU